AUGCGGUCCCAGAUCUACGCUUCGCUGCUGCUGGGUCUGUCGACGCUCACGGCCGCCAUUUACAAAGAUGAGGUCGGCGAUAUCGACUUCCACCACAAGUUGGUUGGCAUCCCCCAGAGCGACACCACCUUCUUCCACCGGCCCAGACCAGACGACAAGGCCAGUCUGCUUUACACUCUGAGCGAUGUUGGCGUCAUUGGUGCCAUUAAUCCCUCCAAUGGAGAAGUAGUUUGGCGCCAACAUAUUUCGGACGAUGUUACAGAAAGCACCAGCUUCCUCAGAGCCCCCGAGGGCCAGAACUGGCUGGUGGCUGCCCACGGUCGACGAGUUACGGCCUGGGACGCAAUGACCGGUCGAAGUGUGUGGCAUACCAAGUUUGAGGGAGAGGCUAGAGAUAUUGAAACAAUUGAAUUGAUGGAGGGUGCUAGGAAGGAUGUCCUCGCCCUCUUUGACGAAGAUGGCACAACCGUCCUGCGCCGCCUCAAUGGCGACAAAGGUACUGUGGUGUGGGAGUUCCGUGAGACGAGCAAGGAUGUUGCUCUUCAGGUUUCCAACAACAUUGCGAGCAUUUUCGUCAUCAGUCUCCAUGGAUCGCCUUCAUCCUACAGCAUCAAGACCACGAGCCUCAACCCCGCAACUGGCUUGCGAGUUGACCAGUGGACCGUAGGAGCUAAGAAUGAGGUUCAGGAUGCUAAGGAUGUCAUGUUUGUUGGCGCCAACUCAGCUGCGCCUGUUGUCGCAUGGACCAAUGCCGAUAAGACAAAGCUCAAUGUCCAGGUUCUUGGAUCCAAGUCCAAGCAGGAGUUCGCGCUACCCGCAGACACGACCGAAGUCCAUGUCCAUGCUCCUCACCAACUCCAGACCUCCCCGCACUUCCUUGUUCAUGCCGUUACCAAGACUGGAAACAAGGCUGAGGUCUUCCACGUCGAGCUGAAGAAGAGCCAGAUUACCAAGGCGUACGAGCUUCCUCAUCUCGCCGGCCACGGCGCCUUCUCAGUCAGCAGCGACAACGCCAACGUCUACUUCACCCGUAUUUCGGAGGAUGAAGUUACCAUUGUAUCUUCCGAAUCUCAUGGAAUCCUUGCCAAGUGGCCACUGACCGUCAAGGGUGGCCUCAAGUCUGUCAGCUCCGCAUCCGAGGUCAUUCCUAAGCCCGGUGGCAAGGAAUUUGCUGUUCGCUCCGCCGUUGUUACCCAGGACGAGGACUGGGUGCUGAUCCGCAACGGUCAGAGUGACUGGACCAGACAUGAAGGCCUCACCGGUGCUGUUGCAGCUGUCUGGGCAGAACUUCCCGAAGCUGAAAACCUAGCCAAGGUUUUGGCCGAAGAGGCACACACCAACCCGAUUUCUGCUUACAUUCACCGAGUCAACAGACACCUGGCUGAUCUUAAGCACCUUCCUGAGUAUCUUAUUGCCCUCCCAGGCAACAUUGUCAACUCCAUUAUCAGCCCCGAUUCUGGAAGCACUGGUGCUCUGAUUCCUGAUAGCUUUGGUUUCAACAAGAUCAUUGUUGUCGUUACCCGCCGCGGCCGCUUCUACGGUCUUAGCACUGGUAACCACGGCAAGAUCGUCUGGUCUCAGCAUGUUCUCCCCCAGGCCGAUGGCGAGAGCUUGGUUGUUAAGGGUUUGACUGUUCAGGACGAUGAAGGUCUCGUCCUCAUGCGAGGCUCCAAGGGCGAGUCCGUUCUCAUCAGCUCUACUGAUGGCCGCAUCAUCCAUGCCGAAGCUACAGGAAAGCCCAUUGCUAGCGUCGCCACUAUUACGGAGGACUCACGUACAUGGCUUCUUGCCCUGGGUCCUGAUGGUCUGCCCGCCGAUGAACAGCUCGGUGGCUCUCUUGGCGACGAUACCAUCAUUAUCCGCGAUGACCAGACCAUCAAGGGUAUCAAGCUUGUGCAAAAUGGAAAGAAGAUCGAGAAGCAAGAGAUCUGGCAAGUCAAGGCUCUCUUUGGCCAAGAGAUUAUCGAAGUUGCCACGCCUCCUGCCUUCCAGCCUAUUGCCUCUAUUGGCCGCGUGCUUGGUGAUCGCCGCGUCAGCUACAAGUACCUGAACCCCAACACCGCCGUCAUUGUCCUUGCUGAGAAGGCCUCUUCUAUUGUUACAAUCCAGCUCAUUGACACCGUUUCCGGCCAGAUUUUGGUCUCGCAGAGAUACACUGGAGUCGACCUCGACAAGGAAAUCUCUUGCACGAUCAUCGAGAACUGGUACGCGUGCUCCUUCUUUGGCGACUACCUCCUCGACGACGGCUCGAACCAGUCCAUCAAGGGUUAUCAGGUGGUCAGCACUGACCUCUACGAGUCGCCGAACCCCAACGACCGUGGCCCUCUUGAGGAUGACGACAAGGCAUCAUCCCUCGAGCCCGUUGACCACCCCACACAGCCUCCCCUGCCACACGCCAUUUCCCAGUCUUUCGUCAUAUCGCAGCCGUUGGGUCAACUGGCGUCCACACAGACUCGCCAGGGCAUCUCUAGCAAGAACCUUCUGGCUUACCUGCCAGAGGCCAACUCCAUCCUCUCGCUCCCUCGCUUGUGGAUCGAUCCUCGCCGUGCUAUUGGCCGUGAUCCUUCUGCCGCGGAAAUGGAGGCCGAGGGUCUGCCCAGAUACUCGCCGGCCAUCGAGCUCGACUCGCGCGCUUUCGUCAGCCACGAGCGUGAAGUUAUUGGCGUUAUUGGCUUUGCAUCGACCCCGGCGGUCGUCGAAAGCACCAGUCUGUUUGUUGCAUUUGGCAUCGAUAUCUUUGGCACCCGCAUUGUCCCCAGCGGACCCUUUGAUACUCUUGGCAAGGGAUUCAGCAAGCUGACAGUAACUGCCACCGUUAUUGCACUCUUUGUUGGUGUAGUGUGCCUUGGCCCUAUGGUGCGAAGCAAGCAGAUUAAGAGAACCUGGGAGGCUUUCAUUUGA